CUCCCUGAGUGGUCACAGUUGGGAAUUUUCUCUUCCUUUUUCAUUCUCCUCAUUAAAUUCUGUGGGAAAAGAGGAAUUCAGAAUCUUAACACUUGAAUCCAAGCACAGGAGGUGAAAUGCAAUAAACCAUAUCCUUCAUAUGAACUGCAGGAGCGAUAAGUUUUCUUCAACUCUAAUGGGGUUUUCAUGCUUAAGGUUAAGCAUAGAAUGGUCACUUUUCUAUUGUUUUAUGGUUGUAUCUUGCUUCAGUUUUUUGCACCCAAGGUUUUCUACCAUAGUAGCAGCCUCCAAGCUGGGAGGGAACGAUACAGAUCAACUUGCGUUGCUUGCAUUCAAGGCCAACAUCAUUGAUGACCCUUUCCAAGUCAUGACCUCAUGGAAUGAAUCCAUCCACUUUUGCGAAUGGCACGGUAUUACAUGUGGUCGGCGCCACCAAAGAGUUAUCAAGUUGGAUCUACAGUCCCAAAAAUUAUUUGGAUCUAUGUCACCACACAUCGGAAAUCUGAGCUUUCUUAGAAAACUAUAUCUCCAUAACAACAGUUUUGUUCAUGAAAUCCCUCCUCAACUUGGACGUUUGGCAAGGCUACAAAUUUUAGCCUUACACAAUAACUCUUUGAAUGGAAAAAUUCCUGCCAAUUUGUCUGGUUGCUCUAAUCUUCUUGGCUUUGAUUUUGAUCACAACACACUGGCGGGGGCAAUUCCUACAGAGCUAGGCUCAUUGUCAAAGCUCCAAAGAAUUUUCAUCUCACAAAAUGAUCUAACUGGUGAUAUCCCUCAUUCCUUCGCGAACUUAACAUCUCUUGAGGCGCUUAGUGCAUUCGGAAAUAAUUUUGGUGGUAGUAUCCCCGAUGGUGUUGGCCAAUUGACCAACUUGACAACUAUUGCACUGGCAGGCAAUAGGUUGUUUGGUACCAUCCCUCCCUCAAUAUUCAAUCUAUCCUAUCUUGAAGGUUUUGAUGUGGGGGAUAAUAAGCAUAUCCAUGGCAGCCUUCCCUCGGAUAUAGGCUUCACUCUUCCUAAUCUUAAAUUUCUUUUGAUUAGUGAUAAUCAAUUUACUGGGUCUCUCCCUAAUUCAAUAGCCAAUGCUUCGAAUCUAGAAGUAUUUACAAUUGAUCUCAACAGUUUUGAAGGAAAAGUGCCUACUAUGGAAAAGCUACAUAAUAUUCGAUUUGUAAACUUUGGCGCCAAUAGUCUUGGAAGUGGAGGGCUUGCCGACUUAGACUUCCUCUCGUCAUUGAUAAAUGCCACACAUCUACAGGUGUUGGCUCUGGAUCAUAAUAACUUUGGUGGAACGCUUCCAGAAUCCAUCGGCAACUUGUCAACGAAACUCGAAGUAUUCAUUGUUGGCAGCAACUAUAUAGUUGGAAAAAUCCCAGCUGGGAUAGGAAAUCUCAUCAACUUAAAUAUUUUAAACAUGUGGGCAAACCAACUCACUGGUAACAUCCCGACUGAGAUUGGUAAACUUGAGAAGCUGCAUGUAUGGGAUUUCAGUAUUAACAAAUUAACUGGUUUUAUUCCAUUUUCUGUUGGAAAUUUAAGCCUUCUAACGAAUGUCCGUUUAAAUGAAAACAACUUUCAAGGAAGCAUCCCUUCAAGUAUGGGAAAAAGCCAGAAUUUGUUACUACUAGAUUUUUCUAACAACAAUCUUAGUGGUACCAUACCCCAUCAAGUUAUUGGUCUCUCAUCCUUAUCGGUGUAUCUGAACCUCUCUCAAAAUCAUUUGAGUGGCUCCCUUCCCAUGGAGGUGGGAAACUUAAGAAAUUUAGGUAUAAUGGAUAUUUCUGAGAACAUGUUAUCAGGUGAAAUUCCCAUCACAAUUGGUAGUUGUGAAAGUUUGGAAAUCCUAAACAUGCAGGGCAAUUCCUUCCAAGGACCUUUGCCUUCAUCUUUAAGUCUUUUGAGAGGUCUUCAAGAAUUGGACUUUUCACGCAACAAUUUGUCUAGCAAAAUUCCACAAUAUUUAGCAAGCUUUCAGUUGAAGAAAUUAAACCUAUCAUUUAAUGACUUUGAUGGUGAGGUACCAAUGAAAGGAAUCUUUAAGAAUGCCAGUGCAACUUCGGUUAUGGGAAACAACAAGCUUUGUGGGGGUGUGCCUGAAUUACGAUUACCUAGAUGCAAGGUUAAAGAGUUGAAGAAAAGUAGGCCAACUUUCAUUGUUAAAUUAGUAGUUUCUUUAUCUUGUGGGUUUCUAGGAGUAAUUUUGGCGUUGUCCUUUAUCUAUCUUUACUGGUUUAGGAAGUCAAGAAAAGCGAUAUCUUCAAGUUUGCCAGAUAAUUCCCUCUUUAAAGUGUCUUAUCAAAGUCUCCUUAAAGCUACCAGUGGGUUCUCAUUAGAAAAUAUAAUCGGUGUGGGCAGUUUUGGUUCUGUGUAUAAAGGAUUUCUUAAUGACGAGGAUGGAAAUGAAAGUGUGGUUGCCGUGAAGGUACUUAACCUUUCUCACCAAGGGGCUUCCAAGAGUUUUCUUUCUGAGUGCAAGGCCUUGAGGAACAUCAGACAUCGAAAUCUUGUCAAGGUAGUCACUGCAUGUUCAGGUGUCGAUUACCAAGGGAAUGAUUUUAAGGCACUGGUUUAUGAGUUUAUGGUCAAUGGGAACUUAGAUGAGUGGUUGCAUCAAAUUCAAGAUGAAUAUGAGCCAAGUGAGCAACCCAAAAAUUUAAGUCUUCUUGAGAGAUUAAAUAUUGGCUUAGAUGUAGCUUGCGCUCUGGAUUAUCUUCACCAUCAUUGCCACGCUCCAAUAAUUCACUGUGAUUUAAAGCCAAGCAACAUUCUUCUAAACAACGAUAUGAUUGCACAUGUAGGUGACUUUGGGUUAGCACGAUUUCUUGUGAAUGCUAGUUGUAGCAACUCUGCACAACAAACUAGUAGUUCUAUUGGAGUAAGAGGAUCCAUUGGUUACGUUGCGCCAGGUAAGUAUGCUUUCUUCGUUUUUUCAUUACUUUUCAAAACAUACAACAAAUUCCUACCCCCCAAAAUGUGUGCUCCUCUAAUUAUAAGAGGCUAAUGUUUAAAUAAUAAUACUCUAUGCCCACUUUUUUUCCUCUUUUUAAGUACAUUUUGUAAGUAGCUUUUGUCCGAGAGUGUGCUCUAACACUUGAAACUUAAUCACAGUCAGUAUAGUACAAGUAUACUUAUAUAUAAAUAUAUUAUUUAUAUGUUAAAUGCAUAUAUAUAUAUUAGCCAUGCAAAAAAAUAAAUCAAACAUGUUUCUAUUUUUACUUUUGAUAGUAGUAAUUCUUAGAAGCAUUUCUAAACAACCUUCUCUAAAGAACAAAAACCUGUAUGCCCACAUUUAUGCUAAAAAAACCUACCUCUCCCAAAAAUUAAUCUCCUUCUAAUUCUUGCAUCCUAUUACUUUUGUACAGCUUUGACUUACUUCUCUAGUUCAUGCUUUUCCCAGUUUUGUCUUAGUCCCACAGGACUGAAAAAUAAUGAUGACAUUUUUAUGAAAGAAAUAAAGCACUACACAAUGAUAUCUUCAGACGACAAACUAACAAUAAAUAUUGUAGUUCUUCCUUGAAUUUUAUUUACGUUGUCUCACAUCGAUAUAAUUACAUCUUUCGACCUAGCAUAUAGUUCCCUCAACACACUUUUUCCCGCCCCUCCCAUCAUUACCAUCUGGUUUUAAAUUUGAUAAUUUAAUGGAUGAGUAGUUCUAAAACAAAUUACACAGUUUCUGUAUUUUGCUGCAAAAUCAUAAGGAAAACCGUUGGUGCUAAUUUUCCAAAAUUAAACUAUCCAAAUCAUAUAUGCCAAACAUGGCAACAAGUGAUGGUAGUACUAGUUUACAGAUGCAAUUUUCUUUUUGAGUAAAAAGUACAUAGCUAAUUAAGACUGUCCGUUCAAAUUCCUUCACAUUAAUUUUUUGACACUGUUGAAUUUGGAUUUUAGAGUAUGGCACGGGAAGUGAGCUUUCGAUGCACGGGGACGUGUACAGCUAUGGAAUCAUAUUGUUGGAAAUGUUUACUGGAAAGAGACCUACUGAUGAGAUGUUUGAUGACAAUUUGAACCUCCAUAAUUAUGUUAGGAUGGCUUUGCCGGAAAGAGUAAUGGAUGUUGUUGAUCCAGGACUUCUUCGACACGACGAAGUGGGAGAGACAAGCACAAAAACUUGGCCUCAUGAAGAGAGAAGUUCUUGUAGUCACAAAAUUCUGGAGGGCUUGAUUUCAAUAUUUGGAAUUGGACUUGCGUGUUCAGUAGAAAUUCCAAAUGAAAGGCUGAACACAAAAGAAAUUGUAACAAAGUUGCUGGUCAUCAAGAAGAAAUUGAUCAGAAAUGAUGGGCAACAAUGAGGGAGGACUGGAUUUGAAAUCAAAGCCUGAAGAGAUCACAUUUGGUCGUGGAUUCCGAUAAUUUGGCGGUAUAUAGUUAUCCACAACAAUUCUGCAGUUGUUGCGGACCCAGAUGGAAAAUUGAACAUUUCUGACGAACAUCCCCGCCGUCUCAUGCACCGGAAUUCCACUGGAUUCUUCUUCAUCUAUAGCCACUAAUGGUGGUGGUGGCGGCUCGAAGUCUGGCACUCUUAGUUUAUUACUUCGGAUCUGGUAUGCUAUAUGUUAUUGGUGUUGUUGAUCUUCUUGUGAUCUCUCAAAUGGGUUUCCCAUGACUGUUGUGGCAACCUAUGUAAUGUCAUGCUGAAAAAAUAAUAAUAAACAUGACUUUUCAUGUUUUAGGAAUUAUUUUUAUGUUUAUAGUUUUUUCUAUUAGUGGGUCAUUAAUUUGGUAUUAGUGGGCUAUAAAGUAAUUGUGAUAUUUUAAUUCUCCAAGUAAUGGAGGAGUGGGGUCUUUGUUGUUUUUAUUAUUGCAUUAUAUAGAGGGGUUAUUUUGUAUGUCAUGUG